AUGUUCUCGGUGUGCAAGAACCUCACGGGACUGCCGGGGAGCGAAUUCGAGCAUCUGCUUGGGGGCUGCCACGACGAGGAGGACGGAGAACAUGACGGGGAUGAGAGAGAGGCGUCGUCGUCGUCCGCCGCGGAGGGCGGCGUGUCUAUACGCGGUGGUGCCGGGAUGGGGAGCAAGAGUGGUGGAAGCAGCUCUUCACCAUCAGGGACUAGGAGGAGCUUGCUUCGUCGAGGGCUACGGGCUCCGCCGCCACCGCCGCCGCCGCCGCCGCGACCAUACCGGCCUGGCGAGCGUCAAGGUCUGGAAACUUCUACGACCCUGCUGAACUCGUUGCCGCCAACAACAACGACAUCUUUGAACUCUACGGCAUCACCAACAGCACGGAGAACAACAGCAGCACCGCGCCGCCUGCUCCUCCCGCUGCGCGUCAACGCCUCCGCACAAAACGAGCAGCUCUACUCGUCUCCUGCUUCCCAGCAGCAAGUCCGGCAGAGACAGCAAGACGUGGAGACGCCAUACCUGCACGGCGACGAGAAUGCCGGAUUCUAUAAUCGGUCCCUGCCGCGGAGGGGGGACUCGCUGUGGCGUGCUGGCCUGCGGCAGGAAGGAGAAGGAGAAACAGGAGUACCACGGAGCCACGACAGCGGAAGACGGUAUGAGGGCCGGGUGUCGACCAACAGGAUCACCUUGUGGCCGACUAUACCCGCCCGGCCACUGCUGUCGUCGUCGCCGUCGUCGAUGGCGACAAGACGAGAGAGACGGCAGAGGGGACAGGAGGAGCGAAGGCCCACUCGGCAGCCACACUACCAACAGCAGCAGCCAUCACCGUUCGCCGACGAGACGCCAUGCUCCUUUGAGCCCCCAGGGCCGGGCCAGCACGGCGCACAGAAGUACUACUACGGCAACAAUACCAACAAAUGCGGGCGUGAUCUUACGGCCGCAUAUUUGCAGCAUGACAGAAGCGAGGAUGACCGAUUCGAGGUGGACUCGAAUGGUGUAUCGCCGUGUAGUUCGACGCGUGGAGACGAGUCCUGGAAGGCGACAUAUGUCGUCUCGCCGCUGACUUCACCUCGGUCGUCGUCUGCGUACUCACUUCCGUUGGGAUCUGGUGUGUAUAACCAUCAAUCGCUGCCUCGGUAG